GGAAGUGAAACACGAAUAUUUUCUUCCGGCUCAAUGUGUUGUUUGCGUUGUCAAACGCUUGUUGUGUGGUGGAAAAAGUUGAAAAAAUUACAAAAUUCACUGUUUUGCUAAAUUAAACAUCUUUUUAAAGUAAGACUUAGCUAAAACAGUUAAAAUAGAGGGGUUGACGAAAAUCGCCGGCAAACUGAGGAAAAUGCAAAAGUACGAAAAGCUAGAGAAAAUUGGCGAAGGCACUUACGGGACUGUGUUCAAAGGCAAAAACCGAGAUACUUUGGAAAUUGUUGCACUAAAGCGGGUCCGUUUGGAUGAAGACGACGAAGGAGUUCCUAGUUCGGCAUUGCGCGAAAUUUGCCUGCUCAAAGAACUAAAGCAUAAAAAUAUAGUCCGUCUUUAUGAUGUCCUCCAUUCCGACAAGAAGCUGACACUAGUCUUUGAACAUUGCGAUCAGGAUCUAAAAAAGUAUUUCGAUAGUCUCAAUGGUGAAAUCGACCCGGAUGUUGUCAAGAGCUUCAUGUACCAAUUGCUACGAGGAUUGGCUUUCUGUCACAGUCACAACGUUUUGCACCGGGAUCUCAAGCCGCAGAACUUACUGAUCAAUAAAAAUGGUGAACUAAAACUGGCAGACUUCGGUCUGGCCAGAGCUUUCGGAAUUCCAGUCAAAUGCUACUCUGCUGAAGUGGUAACGCUCUGGUAUCGGCCACCGGAUGUGCUCUUUGGGGCAAAGCUGUACACCACUAGCAUUGACAUGUGGUCGGCUGGCUGUAUCUUCGCUGAACUGGCCAAUGCGGGAAGGCCGUUGUUCCCCGGGUCCGACGUAGAUGAUCAACUGAAGCGAAUCUUCAAACUGCUAGGAACUCCAACCGAGGACACUUGGCCUGGAAUCACGCAGCUCUCCGAUUACAAACCUUUUCCACUAUACCCGCCAACAACUUCAUGGAGCCAAGUGGUGCCUCGGCUCAACUCAAAAGGCCGCGAUCUACUGCAAAAGCUGCUAAUAUGUCGCCCAACGUUGCGGCUUAGUGCCGAGCAGGCAAUGGCCCAUCCAUACUUUACGGAAAACUGAAAACGGUUGUAGCAGCUGAAAUCGUUUCUGACGAGCAAUAGCAGCAACAGCACCCAAAAGACAACCAAAAGUGGAGAAUCGUCCACAGCCAUCGCAUCCAGUUCCAGUACUUUAACUACCACAAUGAACACGAUUGCGGAAUAGCAGUUAAAUUAUUUUUCGGUUGUUUGCUUAUAAAACAGGAAUUUAUUUCCUGCGUCCCAAAAGGCUGUAUGUUUUAUAUUAUUAUAGUAUGUUCUUAGCUUACAAGAUGAAUAGUGAUAUUAUUUUUUUCUCUUUUGCCCAAAUUAGUGGUUUUAGAAUGUUAAUUUCAAAGUAAUAAGAAUGACAUGUUAAACACAAGUCAAGUCAAACUUCUCCUGUACAUGUUUAGCUACACACUGUUUAAGAGUGGAAGUAGGUAACGUUUGUAUUGAUUGUUUGCGAGUUCUAUGAAAAAAACUGUCAUAAGUAAUACCUAGUUCACAGCUGGUUUUCGGACCACAAAGUCAGUUUUCCUAGAGUGUACUUAUGGCCGCGUAUGUUUGAAAGAAUAUAUCGGUUAAUUGCAACACGGUUAUCAAUCUAUAGUACUACUAUUUCUUAAUUACGAUAAUGAAAUGUACGAGUUUCCAACUGUGUGUAGAGUAGCGUCGAAAUAUAAACAACUGAUCAAA